CAGCCACAUCUUCUCCCCAUUUCCUCUUUACCUCUCUCGCCCUCUCUGAUCUUCUUCUUCCCUCUUCAUACUGACGCUGCUCACUCCUCCCCUUACAACCCUCCCUCAUCGCUCGGCUUGCAAGAUUUAUCAGAGAGUGACUCCGAACCACCAGAAAAGAUAGAGAAAUCAAAAGAAUGGUGAUGAUGGCUGCUACCGCCGUGAAGGGUGCGGCCUCGACGGCUCUGCGAGCGGUGCUCCACCGAGUCCGCCAGGCUCCUGAGAGAUCAGGCCGCAUAGCCGAUGAUGUGAGGGUGGUUGCAGUGAGCAAAACCAAGCCCAUCUCUCUCAUCCGCCAAGUCUACGACUCUGGUCAUCGCUGUUUCGGCGAGAACUAUGUCCAAGAGAUCAUCGAAAAAGCACCUCAGCUUCCUGAGGACAUUGAGUGGCAUUUUGUUGGGCAUUUGCAGAGCAAUAAAGUGAAAUCACUUUUGGCCAAAGAUUGCGUCCCACAAUUCACGACAUUAUCACUGGCAAGAUCAAAGGUUAUGCAGAGCACUUUAGUUGCUGAAGGGCUGGCAUUGGUCAGGCCGCAUUAUUUGAAAGGGCAUUUGGAGAGCUACCAGUUGCCAAUUGGCUGGAAUAUCAUUGGAUGCUGGAACGCUAUUGGAGAGCGACAGAAUAUGAGUGUCUCACAGAGCUACUAUUUGGAGAGCGACAGAAUGGAAUAUCAUUGGCUGGAACGCUAUUAGCUGUCAGCCCUGUCUCACCUGUGAUGGCUCCCAUUGGAACAGCACAGGCUGUAGCAAAGGAACUUCUUAAUUCGAUUUUGGAUGCUGUUGUUCGGAUAUUCGGGUAUUCUUUUCCCUUUAGUUUUGGGUAUUCUUUUCCCUUUUGUUGAAUUUAAGUUUGACCAUAUAAAUGUUCAGAGAAACAUGUUAUUGUUGGAGAGCUUCUAGAAUCAAAAUCCUCACAACAAAGUGACAUGAACACACCAAAGUCAAUGGCAGAGAUAAAUUGGAACCCUGAUUCUGAUGCAUCUCAUGAUACUGGAGGCUACAGUAUCGGCUUUUCAUUGACAGUUUUGCAGAGUGAAUGCCAACAGCUUAUAUGUGAGAUUCUGCAGGCAACUCCUGAAGCUGCAUCUGCAGAUGCUGCUGUACAAACAGCUAGACUUGCAAACAAGGCUCCUUCCAAAGAAAAGAGGCAGG